GGCUACUUCUGCGCUCAGUCAGCUGUUCACAGAUCUAACUUUUUGCUUGCGUAGUAGAAUCUGGCCGAAAAAAAUCUUCGCCGUAAAUUGGCCCCUUCCUCAUGCUCACCUAAGGACCCAAGGCUCCCAAAAUGAAGGCGAAGUUCACGUCAGCCGAUAUAGUGGCGAUGGUUGGCGAGCUCAAGGCACUAGUGGGCAUGCGAGUAAAGCAGGUGUACGACGUGGACUCCAAAACCUACUUGUUCAAACUCGUCAGACAAGAGGAGAAAGCCGUAUUGAUUUUCGAGUCUGGUAUUCGAAUUCACACGACAGAGUAUGAUUGGCCGAAGGGAAUGGCUCCGUCUGGAUUCUCGAGCAAGCUCCGGAAACAUUUGAAAAAUAAACGUCUGGCAACAAUCUCGCAAUUGGGAGUGGACAGAAUCGUCGACCUUCAGUUCGGAAUCAACGAAGCCGCUAAUCAUGUUAUCGUUGAGCUGUACGAUCGGGGGAACGUUGUUCUCACUGACAAUAAUUUCAUCAUUCUCAACAUUCUACGGCCCCGCCAAGCGGGCUCUGAGGAUGUGAGAUUCGCUGUCCGCGAGAAGUAUCCUAUCGCUGGCGCCAUUCAAGAAGUACCCGAACCCUCACAACAAGAUGUGAUCGAGUGGUUGACCGCAGCUAAGGAAACCGAUACAGUGAAGAAGAUCAUCGUCCCAAAAGUGUUCUUUGGCCCCGCCGUUUUGGAGCAUGUUCUGCUAUCCCGCGAGAUCUCCGCCAAUACUAAGCUGAGGAAGGCUGUCUUGACCCCGGACUUCUUCAAAAGCAUCCACAGUUCCAUUGUCGAGGGCAACGCCUUCCUCGAGAAACUGAAGCAGCCCGACCUUUCCACUGGUAUCAUCAGCCUGAAGGUCGAACCCAGAGUGAAGGCUGCUGAGGAUGGAAGCAUGGAGAUUGCUUCGUACAACGAAUUCCACCCAUUCCUAUUCAAGCAAUUAGAGGGAAGUCGCGUGGAGCAUUUCGCCACAUUCGGUCAGGCGGUCGAUGCCUUCUUCUCAAUGCAGGAGCAACAGAAGAUCGAUCUACGAGCUCACAAUCUCGAAAAAGAAGCGGUCAAGAAACUAGAAAACGUCAAAUUGGACCACGAGAAGCGCCUGAACGCUCUGGAAGGAACUCAGAGGACCGACUUGGAGAAAGCAAUGCUCAUAGAGAACAACCUGGAGCUCGUGGAGAAAGCGCUGUACGCGGUUCGGUCCUUCGUGGCCUCCCAAUACAGCUGGGACGAGAUCGGGCACAUGAUCAAGGAGGCCCAACAUAUGGGCGAUCCCGUCGCUUGCACGAUAAAAGCACUUCAUUUAGACAGAAAUCAAUUCGGAAUGCUCUUGUCGAACUCGUUCGAAAACGAUCUCAGCCCAUCGGUGGUUGACAUCGAUAUCGAUCUCUCGGCCUACGCGAACGCCCGACGCUAUUUCGAUAUGAAGAAGCACGCAGCCCGAAAACAGCAGAAAACAAUCGAAAGCUCCGCGAAAGCUCUGAAAUCCGCUCAAAAAAAAACGAAGGAGAUUCUCAAACAGGUAGAACUCACUACCAAUAUCGCUCGCACGAGGAAAUCGUACUGGUUUGAGAAAUUCUUCUGGUUCAUAUCGUCGGAAAACUAUCUCGUUAUCGGAGGUAGAGACGCACAGCAAAACGAAGUGAUCGUAAAAAAAUACAUGACCAAAGGCGACAUCUACGUUCACGCCGAUCUGCACGGCGCCUCCAGUGUCGUCAUCAAGAAUCCGUCAGGCGGAGAGAUUCCUCCAAAAACUCUCAAUGAGGCUGGAACCAUGGCGAUUUGCUAUAGCGCCGCCUGGGAAGCCAAGGUUGUCACGUCGGCCUGGUGGGUACAUCACCAUCAGGUCACCAAAACGGCUCCGAGCGGAGAAUACCUGACGGCCGGAUCUUUCAUGAUACGAGGGAAGAAGAAUUAUUUGCCCCCUCUGUAUCUGAUAAUGGGCUUUGGCUUCAUGUUCCGUCUAGACGAGGAAAGCGUACCCGCGCAUCAGAACGACCGCAAGGUUUGGACCGCCGACGAGACUACCGCGGUCGAGGACAAUGCCAUCGAGCCGGAGGGCGUGGAUGAGCAGAACGAAAUCGACGUCAGUACCUCGGAAGACGAAGCCGGGGAGUCGGCUUUUCCCGACACCCAGAUCAAUCUCAUCAACCCGAUCGGAAACCUUCGGCAGAACAGUCUCGAGCCGGCGGCCGAUGAAGAAAUAAUCGUUUAUUCACAAGCGACGAAGUCGAAAACCACGACGGUUCAGGUCGAUAGAAAGAAAGUCAAAGGGCAGAAGAAAGGAGCCCCACCGCCUGCUGCCAAAGCUUCGGAGGGAGAGCAGAAGCAGCCGAAAAAGCUAUCGAAAGCCAAAAUGAGGAAAAUCAAGCAACGCUACGGAGAUCAGGACGACGAGGAGCGAGAACUCCGAAUGAAAAUUCUUGCCUCCGCAGGGAAACAAUCGCAAAACACUGAGACUGAAGAAGGAUACGACUGUCGGAGUGGUGGACAGAAGGAAGCGUGCGAUGACGAGGAUUCAGAGCAGAAAACGACAGAUCGGACCCUGCCGGAGAGCACGAAGACGGAAGCACGAACGGAAGAGCAGCAAGACGGAGUGGAAGAUGAGGACGACGCAGAUGAAGAUCUCCCGUCAACCGAUGACCUUACUGCCAUCUUGAAUUCCCUAACCGGAACUCCUCUUCCCGAAGAUGUUCUCCUAUACGGAGUCCCAGUUUGUGCCCCGUAUUCUAUCAUGACAAACUACAAAUUCAAGGUCAAAGUGACACCCGGCACGGCUAAGAGAGGGAAGGCUGCGAAAAUUGCCCUGAAUAUGUUCCAACACGAUAAAACGGCCUCUCAGCGAGAAAAAGAUCUCCUCAGGGUCACAAAAGAUCAAGACAUUGCGAGGAACAUGCCGGGAAAGGUCAAAUUAUCGGCGCCAAAUUUACAGAAACUGCGGAAAUGAAUCACUCCGAGCACUCAAGCUGUCUCCAAGAUGAACUGUUGAUAAUAAUAAAGAUAAUUAUGGUC